CUUCUUGCAGAGGUGCAGGAAGUAUAAAAGACAGCGUCCCCAAGAGGGUCCCCGGCGUGCUGAGGCUGCGCGGGAACGUACGAUGCUCCUGUUCACCUUGGACUUCAUCUCGGUUUGAAACACGACCAUGGAUGGUGGUAAACAGCUAAAGGUCAUCCUUGUUUUCAGCCUUCCUCUAAUUUUUCAGUUCUGUGCUGGGAACAACGUUACCGAUGACUAUGACAACACCACCAUCGACUACACCAUGUUCGAGACCCUGUGUGAGAAGGAGGAAGUCCGUAACUUCCGCGCCGCCUUCCUCCCGGCCAUGUACUCCCUCAUCUGCUUCACGGGGCUGCUGGGCAACGGGCUGGUGAUGCUCACCUACAUCUACUUCAAGAGGCUCAAGACCAUGACGGACAUCUAUUUGCUGAACCUGGCUCUGGCAGACAUCCUCUUCCUGCUCACCCUCCCGUUUUGGGCCACAAGUGCAGCCAUGCACUGGCUUUUUGGGGAGUUUGCCUGCAAAGCUGUCUACUGCAUCUGCAAAAUGAGUUUCUUCAGCGGGAUGCUGCUCCUCCUCUCCAUCAGCAUCGACAGGUACUUCGCCAUUGUUCAGGCGGCCUCCGCCCACCGCUUCCGUCCCCGCAUGAUAUUCAUUAGCAAGGUCACGUGUGUCCUCAUUUGGCUCCUGGCCUUCAUCCUUUCAAUCCCUGAGCUGGUUCACAGCGGCGUAAAUAACCUGGACACCUAUCCCCGUUGUUCCAUUAUCGCUAAUGACUUGCAGACCUUCAACACUGGCAUCAAAGUGUCCCAAAUGGUUUUUGGCUUCCUAGUUCCCCUGCUGGUCAUGUCUGUCUGCUACCUCAUCAUCAUCAAAACAUUACUCCAGGCCCGCAACUUCGAGAAGAAUAAAGCCAUCAAGGUCAUCAUUGCUGUGGUAAUUGUCUUUGUGGUCUUCCAGCUGCCCUACAACAGCGUCAUGUUGGCCAAGACCAUCUCAGCCUUCAACCACACCAGCUCGUGUGAGGAGAGCAAGCAGCUCGACGUGGCAGAUGACGUGACCUACACUCUGGCCUGCUUCCGAUGCUGCCUCAAUCCCUUCCUCUACGCCUUCAUCGGCGUCAAAUUCCGCAACGACCUCUUCAAGCUUCUGAAGGAGCUGGGCUGCCUGAGCCAGGAGCGCCUCUGGCAGCUCUCCACCUGCCGCGACAGCAAGAGGUUUUCCUUGGCCAUGGAGACAGAGACAACCACCACCUUCUCCCCGUGAGCCCAGCUCCAGGCGGGCUCUGACCAAGCUGAAGGCUGGAGCGGUUUUGUACCCUUCCUCUAUUCUGAAUUACCGGCAGAGCAAGACUUGCCACUGUUGUGGGAAAGGCAGCUGCAAAAGGGAAACCCAGGAGCCUCCCCGUGUUUCAGACAACGAGCACUGCCAGCCAAUACUCCCGUGGAUGGAGAGACUUCAAUAAAACUGAGACUAAUAACAAAGCAAGGGAGAGAGAGAUGGGUGAGUCUAGAAUUUAUCGUGCCAUUUCACCUUUUAGACUUUCCUAGUCAAAAUGAGAAAUACUCAUUUCCCUAAAAGCCACAAAUAAACAGACAUUUGUGCAACAGAAUGGCUUAUUUGAAAGCUGAACUUCCAAGAGCAUCAUCCUUGCCUUAACAAGACCACCUGUUGCUCUUCCACACCCACAAAAACGAUCCCUGCUGCACUGACUCAGUCUUCGAGACUCUCAAAUUCAGGAUAUAGUUGUGCCCGCGGUCCAGCCACUUCAGUCUGUCACUAUCUGAAGCUUCCUUGUACCUGGCUAUUAGCUGCUGCGGACACAGUCUGCUGAUUUUCACAUAUGCGUGGGGGCCUUCUGUGCUAUUGCUUGCUGACCUCAAGAGAUAAACAAGAAUGUGGGUUUUCUUCUCCCUUCCCAAUCAACGCCUCUUUCUAGAAGGACUUUAGCAGCUGGCUUUCCAGUCAGAUAUGUAUUUCACUCAUAAGCUACUGAAAACGUGGUUUGCAUUCAUACUGCCAGUGCUAAUAAAGAUGCCAUUCACCGCAGUUUGAUUUAAACGCAAAGGACAGUCGCAUGUUGAAGAUUACUGCCAGGGUCACGUACUUGAAAGGAACACGGCAGCUGAACAUCAGAUUAUUGUCAUGUAAAAUAAGACCUUGAAAAGAAGCCCAGAAUGUAAUGCCAGUUGGUGCAUUUACUACAAGAGCGGAGAUUCCCCCCGACAGAUGAAUACCCUGGGAACUGCUGUCGUGGGACACCUGAGUGUCAGCUGGGGAGGAGCUGCUGCGAUUGUUUGUGCAUCUGUUACUGGCGAUGUGCACGCUCUGAUCCUCCCAGCACAGCUCUGCGUCAGAGGCGAAAGGUUUCGGCCACAAACUGCUCUUGAUGCUGGGCAGGAGUGGGCUAACGGAGCAGUUCUGUGGCAACCACACGGCAGGUUCCAGUGGUCGUACAGCACCACACAGAGCAAAACACACCUACUAAAAAGACAUUUACGCCUUUUUCCAAUACCACCCAUGGAUCCAUUAGGAGUGAUACAGGGAACUCUCUGGAUCAAAGGUCAAAAACCAUUGCUUUAGAGACAGGAGAAUUAAAAUCAACCUUCCAAGGAAAGAAUUCAAUUAGCUGGUUUUGAAACAAUGUUGCCAGUUAUGUAACUGGCUGCCAUUAUAAUUAAAUUCUUCAUAAACCAUUUGGCUCUGGGGUAUGGGAUUUUGCCAGGAGCUGGGAUUCAGGAAGAAAGCACAUUCUGCUCUGCAUUACCCGUCUAUGCUGAAGUACAAUCCCAUCCAACCAUUUAACACAUUUGCUUUUAUAAUACCCACGUAACAUGUACAGAAGUGCUGCUUCUCCGUCAUGCAAAACUGGGGGUUACGACUGACACUGAAUAAUCAUUUGUUCUUGGUUUGUCUUUACUUAGACAAGACACUCAGCUAACAAGACAUUGCCAGGGCAAGGAAUACCCAUCACACAGAGCCUUUUUAGUUUUCUCCAUCAGUAACAGUAUGUUCUUUAUGUAUAUUCAUAUAUGUAAAGCUGCUUUACACAGGAAAAGUUAAAUACAUACAUGAAUGUACCCUGAAAAUACACUGCUUUAACUAAACCUUUUUAUGUGAAAUACAUUCACCUAACUUAUUCUAGCAAGGAAAAUUGCUUCACCAAAACAUCAAUUGGAUUCAUCUCCUGUUUGAUAAAAGCAAUUGCCCUUCUACAAACCGAGAAGUCUUCAGGUCUUUGUGGACUAGAUGUAUUCUAAACAGGAAAACAUGCAGCUGCUUCUACACAAAUGAGAUACUAAAAGCAUCACCUGGGACAGCUGCAUCUGGUGCCUCCUCAACACGACUGCAGUGAUUGCAGAGUGCAUGGGGUUGGUUUUAACUAAUGAACAGAACAAAUCUGUCACUUAUUUAGAUGAAUCAUGUUAACAUUGGCCUAACAUGAGGUUCCCCACUGAAGUCUGAAAACUGACUGUAUUUUGCUAUUUGUGGAAAAUAAAUUAUAACAAUUUCAAAAAUA